UCCCUCUCACUUCCAUGUGAUCAGGAACUGCUUCUUCUUUACUCUCUUAGUUAUAGUCUCUCUUGAAACUUGGUCCCUUAUCAAUCUCAUCAACUACAAACUCUAAAGUCAUCCCCUCCCCCCCUCUCAAUAUAUAUCUAUAUCUAUAUCUAUCUGAUUCUCUCUGUAUCUGCAUUUUAGUGACUCACCAUGAUAACUGGAAAGGAUAUCUAUGAUGUUCUUGCUGCAAUAAUACCGUUAUAUGUGGCUAUGAUCUUAGCUUAUGGCUCAGUUAAAUGGUGGAAAAUUUUUACACCUGAUCAAUGCUCAGGAAUCAAUCGAUUUGUGGCUGUUUUUGCUGUUCCAUUACUCGGAUUUCAUUUCAUCUCGACAAAUGAUAUUUAUGCAAUGAAUUAUCACUUCAUUGCGGCUGAUUCAUUGCAAAAAGUUGUGAUUCUUGCAGCCCUAUUUCUGUGGCAUAGUUUCAGCAAAAAUGGGAGCUUAGAGUGGCUGAUCACUCUAUUUUCUCUCUCGACUCUUCCAAAUACUCUUGUAAUGGGAAUCCCUCUUUUGAGGGCUAUGUAUGGAGAUUUUUCGGGCAAUUUAAUGGUUCAAAUUUCGAAAAAACUACUGAAACACCAAGAAACACCACCGAGCUGCCAACGAAAAAGUUUCUCCAUUUCCACUUGUCUGCCCGAGACUGUAUCUGCUUCCAUAGUACACCAAACUGAAAUCCAAAACCACCAGAAGUGGUCUCACGUGCCACCUCCACCGCCGGCGCGUGUGCAACACACACUUCAUCGAAAUGUUUUACUUGACGUCUGGAGUCUGGUGGUGGUCUCCGUUCGUCCACCAGAUGUAUCAUGCACCGUCGUCCAUGGGAAUGACAAUGGAUAUACCGAGAAAGGAUCCGUCGGAAGCCACCAAGAAUUUCGCCAGAAUUAUGGAAAGCUCCCACUUGGUUACCUCUCUAUGCUCUCUCUCAAAUGUUAUGCCAAGUCCAAAAAUGCAGGUUUAUUCAUGGCUUUGCAACCAAAGAUCAUAGCCUGUGGAAAAUCUGUUGCUACAUUUUCAAUGGCUGUUAGGUUCUUAACAGGGCCUGCAGUAAUUGCUGCAACCUCCAUUGCCAUUGGUCUUCGAGGAGUGCUUUUGCAUGUAGCCAUUGUUCAGGCAGCUCUUCCCCAGGGUAUUGUUCCCUUUGUGUUUGCAAAAGAAUACAAUGUACAUCCAGACAUAUUAAGCACUGCGGUUAUUUUUGGAAUGCUGAUUGCCUUGCCCAUAACAAUUUUAUAUUAUGUGCUUCUUGGGGUGUAAGUUUUGGCAAAGCAGGAUCCAUAUAAAGAACAUGGGGUUUGAGAAAUCCAAGAAGAAAUAGUAAAUUGAAGAUGCAGGCAUUGGAGUCAGUGGACAACUGGGAAAUCAUAUGCUGUAGCCUGCAUGUGCAUGUUCUUGUUGCUUCUAAUUAUAUAUACUAUUGAUUUCAAUCUUUUGUGUC